AUGUCGCGGCUGGGCUCGGCGGAUCAGGAUACUCGCAACAUCGAUAUUGCCCAGGUGUCUCUGACUUUGCAAGAUCGUUUGGGCCUUGCAAAACUCAAGUACCAGCAUGGCCAGCUUCAUGGUCCGAACUUCAACCCGCUCUUGGAAAGCGACAAUCCCUCCGAUUCCUCGCUCGACUUCUCACGCAGCCGUUGCGAGACUCCCUUCACAUCUCCUUACCAUCGAGCUGCCAUCUACUCUAAGGCGCUACCUCGGCCAGCUCGUAAUAAGCAUGCAGUGACUUUCAACUACCAGGUCAUGCAGCCUAUGCUUUUCGCCAGCCGUAAACGACUGCGAUCCGAUGCAGGAGCAGAACUACCGGCAAAAUCCCCUCGGUUCUCAUGGAAGAGCUCAUACCAACUUCCCGAGUCCUCCCCUAGUGUCAAUCGACAUCUCACAGCCCGGCAAAAUCAUGUUCCGUCCAUGUCGGAGGCAUCCGUUCCCGAAAUAUCAUCCCCUGUAUAUCACGGCUCAUCGGAUGAGGAGAAUGAACCUGAUCUGCCCUUGUAUAAGUUUCGGAAUAUGAGCUUCGUGGUGGACUCUUUUUCUCCUCGAAUCCCGCCUCCCAAGCACGCCCGCCUGUCAUGCAAUAAUCGAAUGUCACAGCACGAAGAUGGGGCCGACCUGCGGUAUCUCGCAAAAUCACCAUCAGCUCGUGUCGCAGCCGAUUCGUCACAGCAAGCUUUACUGCCUUCUACUCCGCCCAGCAAACACGUUGCCCUGCCGUCGUUGACCCCGAAUCUUGGAACUCCGGACCAACAGUUCAACUUUGCUGAUUUCGUGAAUGUGACACCAAGCCCUGUUCAGCCGGUGUGGGUUGAUCGUACCCCUCGCUACCCUGGCCGCACACCUCCGUCCACAAAGGACGCUCGCAAGCGAUUGAAUUCCGAUGAGCUCGUGCCUGACAACACCCUUAGUCCGGAAGUUUGCCAAUACAAUGACCCUGUUUUGCAACUAGGUGGUCAGCUGUGA